UCCUUCGGGAUUCAAAUCCCUUUGGACUAAUAAGAUUUUUAUAAAUUCUUUGGCCAAAGAACGCUGCAACUUAUUCAAAAAUGGGAUUCUUAAUCAGAAAAGCGUCAUGAUGCAGCAUCUUACGGAGUACUUUAAAGUUGCAUAUCAUUUUAUGUAAUUGGAAACUUCAAGAAAACUAGCUUCAGAAAUUCCACAAUGAUUGGCAGAUUUCGUUAAUAUAUUCCUAGAUUAUAGAGUAAGCUAAACCAUCAUAUGUUUUGCAAAUUUCUUCUCGUAUAAAAGCGUCAAGAAGAAAUGGAUUAAGGUACUUUUCCUAUGAUAACUUUAUGCAGACUGCAAAAUAUUCGAAAAAUAUUUCAUCUGAAGAAUAAUAAUCAUGUUAAAAUCUACACAAGGAAAAGUGUCAAAAACUGGAACUAGCAAAGGAGGUGAAUGGAGCCCUCCUCUCGUAUGGAAUAAAAAAGUUCCAAAUGCAGAACUUGACAAAUUUAAGAAAAUCAUAGAAAAGAAACACAACCUGCAUUUCAAUUCUUAUUGGGAUUUUCAUAAGUGGUCUAUAGAAAACUAUGAAAAAUUUUGGGAGGAAGUAUGGAAAUAUUUUGAUGUCAUUGCAUCCAAACCAUAUGAUCAGGUUGUAGUGAAAAAGGGCGACAGUCUUAUAGAUUACGAUUGGUUUCCUGGUGCAGCUUUCAACUUUGCUGAAAAUCUAUUGAGGAUAAGAGACGACAGAAUUGCUCUGAGUUACAUUGAUGAGACCGGAUAUGAAGAAACUCUCACCUAUGCUCAGAUGUUCGAAGAGGUCAAGUUGUAUGUUGCAGCUUUCAGGAAACAUGGCUUGAAAGUAGGAGAUCGAGUAGCUUGUUACAUGUCAAACAGAAAAGAAGCUAUCCUUACCUUUUUAGCUGCAACAAGCAUAGGCGCAAUUUUUGGUGCAGCUCAACCAUUUUUAGCAGGAAAAGCUUCUGCAAACAUUAUUGGGGUCAUGGACGCCAAAUUUUUAAUCAUUGUAGAUUAUCACAAAGGAUGGGGCGAAGAUAUCAGUCUUUUGGACAAUUUGCCCAUUAUAUUAGAAAAAUCCCCGACACUAGAGAAGGUUAUUAUAAUAGCCACCAAAGAUGAAACUUUAACAAGCGGAAUCCCACGCAUCCGAAAUGGUUAUUCGUUAAAAGAGUUCCUUCGAAGUGGUCGACGUGCAGAUGGAAGUGUUCCAGACUUAAUAUUCGAGCAACUUCCAGCUAGUCAUCCCAUUUGCAUCAACUUUACUUCAGGUACAACAGGCAUAUCAAAGGGCCCAAUGCAUUCAGCUGUAACACUUCUUUCAAGUUUAGUUUCUAUCGUAUUCCACCACAACUUGACAAGUGAAGACAUCUUUAUGAAUCCUUGUCCGGCAGGAUGGGUCAUUUGGGAUUUUUAUAUUCCAUGCCUAGCAGUUGGCGUCAAUCUAUUUCUGUACUGUGGAGUUCCUUACCAUGUACGAGAUGGAGUGAAUAUAUGGGAUAUAAUGGCUAAGCAUAAAGUUACGAGUGCCAACCUUGUAACCAGCGUCGUGGACAGAAUGGAGAAGCUGGAGAUCGUGCCAAGUCCAAAAUCAAAUUUAGAAAAAUUAAAGAGUGUAUUCAUAAUUGGAUCUCCUGUCAAAGUUAACAAUGUCCGAUAUAUUCUUAGCAAAGUUCAGAAGAAUGCUUUCGUUGCCAGUCUGUACGGAGCUACAGAAUCCUUUGAAUGUUUCUCUGGAUUUGACUUGAACUUGCCUUCUUACGCUGGAGAAGUCCAGGCGUUCGCCCUUGGCUUGGAUAUCCGCUGUGUUGACGAUGACGGACGUCCCAUUUUGGACAAAAGGGGUGAUAUUGUGAUAGCUACUCCAACUCCUUCUCUUCCUAUUUGCCUAUGGAAGGAUGUCGAUAAAAGUAUAAUGAACGCCACGUAUUUAAGCCAACAUCAAGGCAUGUGGUGUCAGAAUGAUGAAGGUUGGAUUAAUUCGAAGACAAAAGGCCUCAUUGUUGUUGGAAGAAGCGACGACACUCUGAAACAAAACUCAGAACGUUUUGGUGCCACGGAUGUAUAUUUUGCCAUCCACGGAAUGGAAGAGAUCAUGGAUUACAUAUGUGUGAGUCAAAACCGAGGUGAUGGUGAAUGCCGAGCCGUCCUCUUCGUCAUGUUGAAGGAUGGUUACGAAUUUACACCAGAACUCAAGGAAAAGAUUGCCUCAACUAUCUACAAGGAGUUGUGGGAGUACUGCGUGCCUGAGGUCAUUCUGAGCGUACCAGACAUUCCUUAUAAUCUCAAUAAUAAAAGAAUGGAAAGGAUCGUUCGAGAAAUCGUAGCAACGAAUCGGAUUCCUGAAGUCAAUAACAUCAAGAACCCGGAGUGUUUGAAAUACUUUUGUGACAUACCAGUGUUGCUGAACUAUGUGAAGGAAUAAAACUCUCUCGCUACUUUGCCAUAUUUGUUCACUGAUGCUGAGCUCUAGAAUCUGGGAGAGGAAAAUGAUAUUGAAGGGUUUAUGCGAAAGUUAUUAUCGCAUAAAUAACUGAUGCACAAUGCUGUUACAAAUAUUAAAAUUAAACGGAAAUCUGAGAUGCUUCUUUCUUUGAAAUUUACACCUUGCACAAGGAAAGUGGGACAGUUAUAUAUCUCCCGAUCUACUGGACCGAUUGUCGAAAUUGAACUUGCGUUUCUCAUGUCUCGAAAGCACGACAUAGAAUAUAUGUUAUAUUUAUAUUAUAGCAUUGUUCUAAUAUAGGUAUUAUGACACAAAACCAGACUUUUUCUAAAAUAAUAUACCAAUUUUUUUAGUACUUCGAUUCUCUACAACUCGAAUGGUAGAUAGUAGAUAUUAAAUCGAUAAUAGUCGAAUAGUAGAUAUUAAAUUUCGUAACUUUUCGUGAGAAAUUAAAAAAAAAAUUAUUUUGGAGCAUUUCUUUCAGUUUGCGCCAAGAAUAAUACUUUGGCGAUCUUCAUAAUUUAGAGCAACUUAUUUUAUUUUCCCUUUUUUUUCAUUGUACACGAGCGAAAAAAUAUCAUCGUUCAUACUUUCAAAUAAUAUUAAUAAAGUGAGUAAACCACAUUUGGUUUUAUUUUCGUUUAUAACAAAU